GCCCCGGAUGACUGCACGAGCCGGAACCAUGCGGCUGGCCUGCAUGUUCUCAUCCAUCCUGCUGUUCGGAGCCGCAGGCCUCCUCCUCUUCAUCAGCCUGCAGGACCCCACGGAGCUCGCCCCUCAGCAGCUGCCAGGAAUAAAGUUCAGCAUCAGGCCACAGCCGCCCUACAACGACGUCCCACCAGGCAGUUCCCAGGAUGGUGAUUCGAAGGCACCGAUGGAGAAGGUCCCCGGAGACUUGUCCAGCCGGGCCCCAAGGGACUUCCACCUGCCGGUGCCAGACCAGCCUCAAGCCCACCUAAACAUGGGGGCCCGGCCCCGGCCCCGGCAGCGCCGCCGGCGGCUACUUAUCAAGAAAAUGCCCCCUGCGGCAGCUGUCCCGGCCAACGGCUCAGUGGGCGCGUUUGCGCGGCCGGCACCCUGGGCCCCCGACGGCCACUGGGUCACUCUGCAUCGUAGCCAGCAGGAGCGCAAGCGGGUGAUGCGGGAGGCAUGUGCCAAGUAUCGGGCCAGCAGCAGCCGCCGGGCAGUCACCCCCCGCCAUGUGUCCCGCAUCUUCGUGGAGGACCGCCACCGCGUGCUGUACUGCGAGGUGCCUAAGGCGGGCUGCUCCAACUGGAAGAGGGUGCUCAUGGUGCUGGCGGGGCUGGCCUCGUCCACCGCCGACAUCCCACACAACACUGUCCACUACGGUGGUGCCCUCAAGCGGCUGGACACCUUUGAUCGCCAGGGCAUCCUUCACCGCCUCAGCACCUACACCAAGAUGCUCUUCGUCCGCGAGCCCUUCGAGAGGCUGGUCUCCGCCUUCCGCGACAAGUUCGAGCACCCCAAUAGCUACUACCACCCCGUGUUCGGCAAGGCCAUCCUGGCCCGUUACCGGGCCAACGCGUCCCGGGAGGCGCUGCGGACGGGCUCUGGCGUGCGCUUCCCCGAGUUCGUCCAGUACCUGCUGGACGUGCACCGGCCCGUGGGCAUGGACAUCCACUGGGACCACGUCAGCCGGCUGUGCAGCCCCUGUCUCAUCGACUAUGACUUCGUGGGCAAGUUCGAGAGCAUGGAGGACGACGCCAACUUCUUCCUGAGCCUCAUCCGGGCGCCGCGGAACCUGACCUUCCCCCGGUUCAAAGACCGGCACUCGCAGGAGGCCCGGACCACGGCGCAGAUCGCCCGCCAGUACUUCACCCAGCUCUCAGCCCUGCAGCGGCAGCGCACCUACGACUUCUACUACAUGGACUACCUGGUUUUCAACUACUCCAAGCCCUUUGCGGACCUGUACUGACGCGCAGCGCCGGCUGGCCGCUGGCAGCCCCACCCCACGUGCCCGU